AGGUAAUUAGUAAUACGCUUUCAGUUCGGAGUUCCUCUGUCAUCCAUGUGAUGCAACAAAACACUCUAAGCUGAUUUAUCUGUGUAUUUAGCGCUUUUGUCACGAUGAUCCAACAUAUUUGUCUCAGCAUGAUUAUCUAAAGAACUGCGUCCAUGUGAUAGGGAACACCCUUGGUGUUUUCGUUUGCAAGGUCGUUCGAAUUUCCUCAAUGUCGAUUGUUUUUACAUAAAACCUUUAACACGUAGAAAAUGACUCCGCGACAGACUUUUCUUUGCUUAUGGAACUUACUGUUGAGAGAUGCUCGCCAUGUCCUGCUUUCAGAUAGAAUAUUGGUACAACAGGCUUCAAAUAAAAGCAUUCCACAAUGCAGUUUUGUAAGGACCUAUCAUCAGACUGCACCUGUAAUGUUCUACAGAAGAUUCCUUGAUAGAGGAAAAGGCAAGGUUAAGAAGAAGAAAAAAGAAGAAGAAGACCAGGAAAUAGAUGCAAAAAUUGUGGAGGAGAAACUUACUCAGCUCGAGAAAGUUAAAAAACCUGGAUAUAAAAUUCGAAUACCUACAUAUGAAAGUACAACCGACAGAUAUAUAAAUAGAAUCUUUAAAAAAGCCGAGGAGCAGGGUGAAAAAACUGAGGAAACUUUCAAUACUGCCAUUAAGAUAUACAAGUUGAAUGCUGGACUGUACGUGCGAGGGCAUAUAGAGUUUGGUGAUUUAGCACUGAGUAAAUUAGAAGAGUAUGAACUUCAGUAUAAUUUAGAAGUGUAUAAAAUGAUAUUCAGCAUAUUUCCUGAGGGAAAAUAUUUACCUAAGUCCAAAGUUGAUGCCGAGUUCAUCCCUUUUCCUCGUCAACAGGAUGCCGCUCUGAGAGUUCUGACAAAAAUGUUUGAUAAUGGUGUGAUUCCCGAUGAGGAGUUUGGUAGAAUGAUCAUAUCCAGAUUCUCCCAACGCUCCAAGGUUUUCACACGGUUCCAGAGAAUGCUGUACUGGAUGCCCAAGUUCAAACACAUGAACCCCUGGCCUGUGCCACGCCCCCCUCCCAAGGACCCCACACAGCUGGCGGUCAUGGCUCUCAAAAGAAUGAGUUUUGAUUUGGAGACUAAAAUCACCGUUGUAAAUGACCCCAGGGAUUCUUGUAGUGGGAAGUUCAUAGCCAGUGCUCAGAGCCCUAAACAGAUUGAGCUUCUGUCCAAGCACCCUCCCUCCAAACCGAUAAUUGUGGAAGGGGAGCACUAUGUCUACCUCAGAAAAGUUAGCCAAAAAGUGUUUGUGCUGAAAACAGACCGCGAGGGAGAACUACCAGGGGAAGAGCCUGACUAUUACAAAGCUAUGGAGGAAGAGGAGGAUGAAGAAAUGUUUGACUUCGUGACUCCACUGGAGGAAGAGGAACAGACAGCCAUAGUUCCCAAGAAGUCGGUACAUGAGCAGGAGGACGGGACUGUGUACGGGAUGUGUAUUACGAGUGACUCCAGCAAAGAGUCCGUACAGGACUGGAUACAGUUCCUACAGACCAACAACCCGGCCCUCGAACAUAUACCCGUCUUGUUUAGGAUAAGAGAUGCUGACUUUUUACUGAAUGAAACCUUAAAACAUGAAGAGGAGGAAUAAAGAUUUGUAAUAUUUGAUUUGUGAUAUUUGAACUUCAGAAUAAAUUUGGUGAGGUUCCCAAGAA